AUGUCGUCUGUUUCACGCCUUCUCCGCGGCAUAUUUUCCUCCGCCGCCGCCGCCACCACAACAUCCGCCACCUCCGCCGCAGCAACUGACGCCUCCAAAGUUAAAUCACUCUCUCAAAUACUCUACAAAGAACGUAACCUCGAGGAACUCGUCGAAAAAUUCAAAAAUGCAUCCUUAGAUGAUCACUUUCGCACCAGAAAGGAUAUUUACAAAGUAACCAUCCGUCGUCUUGCAGCUGCUAAGAAAUUUCAUUACGUAGAAGAAAUUCUAGAGGACCAGAAGCAAUAUAAGGAUAUGUCAAUAGAGGGUUUUAAUGCUCGUUUGAUUACCCUUUAUGGUAUAGCGGGUAUGUUCGAUAAUGCACGCAGGGUGUUUGAUGAAAUGCUUGAGAGAAAAUGCGCUCGGACGGUCAUGUCUCUUAAUGCGCUGUUGGGGGCAUGUGUUAAUUCGAAAAAGUUUGAUGAAGUAGAAGGGCUGCUUAAAGGGUUAUCAAAGGAGUUAGAGAUUGAACCAGAUUUGAUUUCGUAUAAUACAGUCGUUAAAGCUUUUUGCGAGAUGGGGUCAUUGGAUUCGGCAGUUUCUUUGCUAGAUGAGAUGGAAAAGAAGGGUCUUGAGCCUGAUUUGAUUUCUUUUAAUACGCUUUUACAUGGGUUUUAUGCGAAUGGAAGGUUUGUUGACGGGGAGCAGAUUUGGGAUCGAAUGAAGGAGAAGAAUGUUGAACCUUGUACUAGGAGUUAUAGUGCCAGGGUGCUUGGAAUGGUAUUGGAGAAGAGAAUGAAAGAUGCUGUUAAGGUUGUUGAAGAAAUGAAGAGCCGGGGCCUUAAACUUGAUCCCUUUAUUUACUAUGAUUUGAUUAGAGGGUUUGUUAAUGUGGAUGAUUUAGAGGAAGCCAAGCAUUGGUAUGGUGAUAUAGGGAAAAAUGGGUGUAAACCAGAUAAAUCUACUUUUGAGACAUUGAUUCCUUUUGCCAUUGAGAAGGGUGAUUUAGCUUUUGCUUCUGAGCUUUGCAAUCAUGUUAUCCUUAGCAAGUUGCAUGUUAAGGAGGAAUUGAUACAAUCUGUGGUGGAUGCUUUGGCCAAGGAGUCAAAGAUUGAAGCAGCAAUGGAGCUUGUUCAUCUCGGGAAAUCACGUCGCCUCCAUUCUUUUGAGUUGAAAUUGCCGCGUAGCGAUGCGAAGCCCUCUCUGGUUUCGUUGUUUCAUCAGGUAUAA